ACUCGUAGAGUGUAGACGUGUUACGAUACACUCUGAAGCGUAAGCAAAUAUAUAAAUAUAUAGGGGAAUGGUGUCAUAAAAUUAAACCAAAUAAAGACGAAACAGGAACCAGUAUGGAUAAGUUUAUAAAAAAAAAUGCAGCGUCUAAAAGUACCCAAUAUCAAACACAGAACAAUUGGACAAUAAGAAAAAGUGAAAGUCCGCUGGCAAGAAACGAAUUUGAAGUAAUAGAAGUAGAACCCUUAAUUAAUGAAUAUACAAAUGUAGGCAUUGAUGCAAGUGAAAACUCUAAGAAAAGAAAGGUCCAUAAUAAUGCCGAUACUGGAAACGGGGAGCCAUCAACCAGUAAGAAAUCAUCUAACUCAGGGCCAUCAACAUCUAAAGAGGACAUUCCGCGAUGCGAAUGCUGUCAACGAUACACAGACAAUCGGGAACCAUAUUGCCACUCAGAAAGUGCUUAUAGGAACCAUUGUAAAUUGCUGAAGGAAGAAGGUAAAAUUCCGAAAGAGACAUGGGAGAAGCCGUUUUCCAUGUUCCAAGAUAUGGAAAUAAGCCAAACCACACAAGGAGUACAAGUAACACCGGAAUCACAAACCUCAGUAUGCACGAAAAGUCACGAAAACCAAAAGCAAAAGCAAACACUCACAACACCUCGCAAAAGCUCCAAACAGGGCGUAACAAUCAGAAACGUGCACACAAUUACUGCAAACACUGUUAGUGCAAAAAUAGAUAGGCUUACGAUUCUUAUAGAACAAAAAAUGUCGAUAUUGAUGGAAAUGAUAUUGGAAUUACGUGCUACGAUAGAGAAACUUUUAUGCUCUGAAUAAUGAUCGUCGUUUAUAAUUUUGUCGCUUGAUGGUGUUAAUCUUAAU